GCGGCGCCGCAGCGGCUCGGGAGCGGCGGGAAGCCCCGGGAAGCCGCGGGGCGCUCCCAGCUCGGCGCAGCCACGUCGCGGACUCUUCUCCCCAGCCAAGGCUGCCCAGCUUGCAAGCCCAGCUGCCUGGCAGGGCGAAAGAGAGACACUCUAAACGCCAAAGAACCCAGAACCCCCAGCCUCCGCUCCUGCCUGGUUUUAUCUUCUGUAAUUAUUUCGGGAAAAGAAUAACCAAAAACCGCAUCGCUGUGUUUUUAAGAAAUCGUGCCGCGUGUGCGUUUGUUCCCAGCACACCCCUGAUAAACAAAGGAAAAGAGGGAGGGGGCCCGCGUUUUGCAGAAGACAUGCGUUCCGUCAGGAAGAGGUGGACUGUGUGCACCAUAAGUCUCCUCCUCAUCUUCUACAAGACGAAGGAAAUAACACGGACCGAGGAGCGCCAGGAGGCAGCUCUCGCCGGAGAUGGUGAACUGAGUUUGACUAGAUCAAUGAUCAAUAGCUCUGAUAAGAUAAUUCGAAAGGGUGGCUCCUCAAUCUUCCAACAUGCUGCAGAAGGUUGGAAAAUCAAUUCUUCUUUGGUAAUGGAAAUAAGGAAGAACAUUCUUCAGUUCUUGGAUGCCGAAAGAGAUGUCUCAGUGGUCAAAAGUAGCUUCAAGCCCGGAGAUGUAAUUCAUUAUGUGCUGGACAGACGUCGCACUCUGAACAUUUCUCAGGAUUUGCACAGCCUUCUCCCUGAAGUUUCCCCAAUGAAAAAUCGCCGAUUUAAAACCUGUGCAGUUGUUGGGAAUUCUGGCAUCCUUCUAAACAGUGGUUGCGGAAAAGAGAUUGACAGCCAUGACUUUGUAAUAAGGUGCAAUCUAGCUCCUGUGGUGGAGUAUGCUGCCGAUGUGGGAACUAAAUCUGAUUUUAUUACCAUGAACCCAUCAGUUGUACAAAGAGCAUUUGGAGGCUUUCGGAAUGAGAGUGACAGAGAAAAAUUUGUACAUAGACUAUCCAUGCUGAAUGACAGUGUCCUUUGGAUCCCAGCUUUCAUGGUCAAAGGUGGAGAGAAGCAUGUGGAGUGGGUUAAUGCAUUAAUCCUUAAGAAUAAAUUGAAAGUGCGAACCGCCUAUCCAUCACUGAGACUUAUUCAUGCUGUCAGAGGCUAUUGGCUGACAAACAAGGUCCACAUUAAACGACCCAGCACUGGUCUUCUCAUGUAUACACUUGCCACCAGAUUUUGUGAUGAAAUUCACCUGUACGGAUUUUGGCCAUUCCCAAAGGAUUUACAUGGAAAACCUGUCAAGUAUCACUAUUAUGAUGAUCUCAAGUAUCGAUACUUUUCUAACGCCAGUCCUCAUAGGAUGCCAUUAGAGUUUAAAACGUUGUAUGUGUUACAUAAUAGAGGAGCACUUAAAUUAACAACAGGGAAAUGCAUACAGCAAUAAAGCACAAGGACAAUAAAUACAGAAUACGCACCUCAUCAUAAAGAUGUUGUGAAAUGGCAAUGGGACCACAGUGGGGAUUUGUUUCAAUACCCAGUACGUCAUUGGAAGAAGGUGUUAUAUCAGAAGUACAUAACCAGCUAUUACACUGUAAAGUGCUAUAUAACUAAGCUAUCUUGACUUCAAGGGUUCAAGUGCCACUUUCACUAAGUACAAAACUUGAAUGUAUGCUCAGUAGUGUCUACAGGAUGCAGUGACACAUUCAUCACGAAUUAAAGAAGAAAAAGAGCCUGCCAAUUUGCAGCUGUGGUCAGACAGCCCACACAAGAAUACUCAGUGGAUAGAAUAUUUACAUGAGUAAAUUAAUGAGGGUUUGGCAGAAAUUAUCAUGAUGGAUUUGAGUAGAGAAAGUGAAGUCUGUAAAAUCAAAAAAAAUCAGUAAAUGCCUUCAGUCAGAGAACUCUUUCUGAUACUGUAUUAUAACCUCAGCUUUUGUUGCUGUUUUUCUUAUUGUCAUUGGUUGGAUUUUGUUGCUUUUAAGUUUUGGAGCCCUUACAAGAUUUCAAGGAUGUUAUGAGUAAUUAAAUUUUUUAUCUUACUGAAUUGUCUUAAGGAAAAAAUAUUUGUAAGCAUGGGAGGGUGGAGUGGAACAUCAGAUAUUUUAUCAAGUGUUAUUUUCUUGCAUCCUGCUGUCAUGCAGAUCUUAACAUCCCAAUUGUUUUUCUAGCAACUAUUGUCAGAACCCAUUACCUGAAACCACACAGAUACCAUUUUGAUCUGACUUACAAGUUUUUCUCUUCUGUAUAGAUUCAAAGACAUGCAAGAUGGUGCCCUUGUUUUCAGUGCCAAAGAUUACUUUUAUACACAUUUUUACCUUAUCUUGGAGAAAUGGUGUGGAUUUAGGUUUCUUUGCUGCUUAAAGGAACAUAUUCUUUGUUAUUUAUAUUUCUUAAGCAUCUCAAAUCAAAUCCACUUUACAGACUUCACAUAUAGAAUUCUUCAGAAAAAUCUGCAGGAGUAAAUAAAUUACUUCACGCAUUCAAAUAUAUAUAUGUGUAUGCAUAUAUAUAUGUAUAUAGUAUUAUUCUUGGUGGAAAGAAAAAGUCUAAAGAAACUCAGGUGACAGUGGAACUAAAGAGAAAGAAAAUACCUAGCCAACUAAUGAAAAAGAAAUGUAGCUCAUACAGUUCUUUUAAACUUCUAAUGCUGUUAAAUUAUCUCUUUAUUUAAUAUACCUCUUGUAUCAUCUAGGUGUUCUGAUGUGUAACUCACUGAAAUAACAUAUUAUCUUCACUGUUGGUUUUUUUGAUCAUCAGUCUCAUUUAGCAAAAAAAAAAAAAAAAAAACAAACAAACAAAACAAAACAAAAACAACACAAGACAAGAGUUCUUUCACUUUCUUCUUUCCAAAAAAAAGAAAACAAGAAAUUACACAAGCAUAGGACAGGGUUGAGUGUCAAUACAGGGUACAUUAAGAAACAAAACUUUUCAUCCUAUGAUUUAGUGCUAAAGGACCACGUAAAUAGGGAACACAAUGGUUUCAUAUCUUUCCUGUUAUGCUUGGCUAAGGAGCAGGUAUAAUGUAUGGAUAUUUUCUUGUUAUUUUUUCAGAGCUACAUUAGGUCCUGGUCUCCAGAUAUGAUAUUCAAUGUAUCUACGGAAUUUUUAAUUAGUUUGAGCAAUUUCUUAAGUUUUACCACUCUCACAAACAUUUUCUUCUCUUAAGUUCAUGUAUUUCAUCAUGCGUGAUUGGACAUCUGGGACUGUGAAAAUUUGGUAGCUAAAUCAGUGCCUUGCAGUCAAAUAUUACAGGAAGUAGGAAGUCAGUUCUGUUAUAUGUAAGACACAGUAACAUCUUUCCUUAUUCACCAGACUCUUGUACUUAGGACAGUUUAAUUUGACCACAUGCUAAUGUGCAAUAAGUGAUCCUAACAUGAAACUCAAGGAAACGAAGGUAUCAUGAGGAACUAAACAGCCAUGCAGACCAGAAUGUGUUUAAUUGAUGUUGAUAAACCAGAGGGUGCUAUUUGUUUACUAUGUACACCUUCAUUUUAAUACAAGGUUUUUUCUUCAAUGAAGGGCGAACAUAUUCCUGUUCCUGCUAUUAGGGUUUUGCUGCUGUUGAUCUUCUAAAGCAUAUUUCACAUACAUUAACAAAAUUGCUGUUUAAAUAAAGAAUCCACAGAUUGCCAGUCUCUCAGAAGCUCAGAGAAACAUCUGCUCAGCUUUAUCUUCUGGGAGUGUCUUUUCUUCUCUCUAGUGUCAGGGCACUGAUAAACCUCAUGCUCAAGUAGUCUAAAAUAUGAACUGACAGAUGAUUUUGUUCACCUGUGGAAAGUUUGAGUAUGCCAAUUGAUUAUGUAUCUGACAGCAAAGUCAAUGGGGAUUCUCGUAUUCCUUGGCAGUAAAAAAAAUAUUUUUGCAAACAAAUACAUGAAAAGAAUAUAAUGUAAAUAGGUAAGAGAAUUUGCCUUUAAAAGGCAGCAGACAAAUUAAACCUUGGUCUAAGGCCUUGGUUUUACAUGCUUCACAUUUGAUUUUCUGCAAGUGAAGUUAACUUUAGUACAAAAGCCAUGGAGUCCAGAUUUUUGCCCUAUCACUAAAUUUCUCUGAUUUGGUUUGGCACAAGACAUGACAGUAGCACCUGCUUGAAAGAAACAGUUUUCCCAUACCUCCUCAAAACUGGGCCUUAACCUCAUCUUCUGCAGGCUUUCUACAUUCAGAACUGCCCUCUUGGACACUGAGCCAUAGGCUCAGGGCACUCCACUGUCAUCCACACUCAUCCUUCUCACAGCACUCUCCCCUUAACCAGCACCUACGUGUGCCUCCUUACCAGAGCCAUGGGACUCCACACCAACAACUCUUCUCUCACCUCCCUCACUUUAUCCUGAGCUGAGGUGUGAUGUAGUGAGGGGUGGGUCUCAAACUAUUCUCUGGGGCAAGUGACAGUUGUAGUCUUUGUGUAGGUUUUCACAAGGACUAGGGGUAAUUUUAUGCUAUUGUUCUUGUAUAAGACCUGUGUCCAUGUGGAGUCCAAAGAUUCUGGGAGGCUCUUUAGUAUGUGGUUUGUUGUGCUACAAAUUGUUUUGAGAUGGUUUGUGACCACCAGUUACUGCUUGGUCUAAGGCGACCUGAGGUGAGACAUGCCAGGGACUUUCCUUGUUGUUUGCGUUCUACAGCUGGGAAGCUGUAGCAAUGGACUCAUUGCAGACACCUUUCUUAUCCUUCCCUUAUACUUCCUGGGGCUCUUGGAGCAUUUCUGUUAAGGCACCCCAGAACCUAAAUGGAAAAACAGAUUUCUUCCACUGCGUGACUUUUUCCCUAAAGGUGACCCAGGACAUUGCAGCAAAGUCCUAACUGCUGUUUAGAGACUUUGAGGUGGAAUAGAUUUCAUUUUGUGGUCCUUUACUGGUUAGCAGUCAACAGCUUAAGCCGUCAUAGCUGCCUUGGAUGAUUUACAUUGUUUAUCUGUCUUCACACAUCUACUGCCAACAGCACAGAGCAGAUAAUCAAUUUAUAUUAUAAUUACCACUUUUAUAAUCCAAUACUAUCAACAACUAACACAAAGUAGUAAGAUAAAAAGAAAGAUCCCUUACGUUAUAAUGUUAUCUGUGAGGAACAACUGAAAUGCCAAUCAGUUGUGUUCAGAGUGUUCCUCAAAUUUAUCCUCUCAUCAGCUAUAUCAAUUGCCUGCUGUAGUUCCUAAAUGUACAUUAAAAAUAAGAACUGGAAUCUAAAUCAAGACAGCAGAAUGUAUCUGUUUUUCCAAAGGUUAUGGCAGCUUUACAUUAAACAACUUGAUUUCAUUUGGAUAAAUUGAUUGUAAAUUGCUUAUUAACAUACAUGUUAAUGUUUCUGUGAGAGUCCUUCAUAUUUCAUACAAGUAAUAGAUAAAUGUUUGAUUGUUAACUUUCCAGCUUUGGGACAGUUCUCUUCCACAGUUCUGAGCCACUCUCCAGAUAUAAGAUCUACUGAACCUUUCAAAUCUGAGUCUGAUGUGUAGAUUCUUGUGUUAGACAAUAUAAGCAGCAUGUUUGAGGUCAAUACAUUUUCUUUAAUUGCAAUUUGAAGAUAAACAGGUGCAGGUUCAGUACCUUUUUUAGUGAUUGAUCUAGCAAAGUGCUAAGCACUCUUUGCAGUGACUUUCCUGGGAGAGACAUGUCCAGGAUCUAGAUGGGGAUCUAGAUUAGCGUAUUUCAGGAUGGAACUCUGAAAUUGCACAUUAUUUAUUUUUAAGAGCACUGUUAACUUUGUGUAAGGAAAAGCACAACUGUUGUAAAUGUAGAUAAAGGAGAGUACUAUUGCUAUUGAGUGUAUGUCAUACAAUUUCUGUUGUUUAAAGUAUUGAUACAUAUUCUCUCAGAAUUAUCACAUUUGACACUGUAGGUCUUAUUUCAAGUACAGUUAUGGGGAUAGUUUUUUAUUUGUAUAACCGAAAAAUAAACAUUUCCUUUCACGUUUUCUGCUA